AUGUUUGAAGACGAUGACUUUGAUGACUUCUUCGGCGAAGAGGCCAUCGAGGACAAUCGUGAGCAAAACAAAGAAACAUCGGUCGCGAACCUAUUCGAUGAGGAAAAGCAGGCAGACGAUGCUCAGAAGCCCGAGCGAAAAAAGCGAACGAUGGGCCCGAAAUUCAACGAAGCCCUCCUGACCGGGCCGAAGGGCGUCCGCAAUCUCGUCGCCCUCACCAAAGAUUUCAAGCCGAACCCGAAGGCCGAUCCGUAUGCCAACCUCAAUCUGCUGCUCCAAAAAUAUCGCCAUUGGGCGCACGUAAUGUGCCCUCAGAAGAAAUUUGAAGAUGUCAUCCAGCACUGCGAGAAGCUGAGCAACAAAAGGGCUAUCCAGGUGCAUAUGAUCCGGUUGAAUCAAGAAAGUCGCGGAAUCUUUGUGGAAGAGGGAGACGAGAAUAUCAAGCCAAGUGCCGGCAAGAAGAAAAAGGAAAAAGAUACGGACGGCUGGAGCGAUGAUGAUUGGGAUGCGGCCCCGGGGUCUACCGUCCAAAAGUCGCCAGAAAAGCAAGCAACUCGCUCUUCGAGUCCGAGUGAAUCGGAGGGAAGUGUCGCGUCGAAUUCAGAUAAUGGAGAUGUUGAUGAUAUUUUUGACAAUGGUGUCAGUCCCAAGAAGAAGAAGCGCUCCAAAAAGUCCAAGAAGACAUCUGAGAAGAUGGACAAAUCGAAGGCGACCGAUUCCCAAAGAAAAUCACCAAGUUUUGACGGGUUUGAUACAAGCAUUGCCGAACCAAGCUCUCAAGUUUCCCCUGAAGAAAAGCAAAACAAGGUACAUCCCCCGAAGCGUGCUCGGCUCAUAGAUUCAUCGGAUGACGAGCCGGAACCUGCUCGAGAAUGGAUCCCUGAAGAGAAUUCGCCUAAACCCGCGCAACCCAAACGCGCAGUUGUCGUUUCAUCGGACGAGGAGCCGGCAGAAGAUGAUGAGGCUUUUGACGCCGAGUCAGCGCUGGAUGAGCUGGGAAUG